AUGUCCACCAGUGUCGCCUCUGGUAAUGGCUUAGUGGUCGUCACGCAUGUGUACCGAGAAGAUGAUGUCUCGAAGGGAGAUGCGCCACCAAAUGUGGUUGUUCCACCCGUUUCCCCAUGGCUGGGAAAUGGCGCUCCACGGGCAGUUCAACCAAAUAAUGUUGCUAUUGCACCAUUCAUCAAUGUGUUAGAACCACUUGUGAGAAGAGACCAGACAACUGUGGGGACGGUUCAGCUGCUGAUUGGCGUGAUUGCAUUUUUGUUCGGUAUUGUGACAGUUAUUGAUCACAUUACUGUAUCAGCAACAAGUGGCAUCAUGUUCUGGGGCUCAAUUGUUCAUGUCAUUGCAGGCUAUCUCACUGUUUUUAAUGCCAAAAACAACUCCAGUCAGAGAUGGGACACAGCCUUGCUGAUGAUGAAUAUCCUCAGCUCCAUAACUGCAACAAUCGCCAUAGUUCUGUACUGCGUGGAUUUCAACAUUCGUUACUACUACUACUACGAUAGGACCUCUAUCCAUGGGAUUUCUGGGGUGAUGUUAGUGCUGUCUCUGUUGGAGUUAGUUCUCUCGGCUGCAGUAUCAAUUAUUACUUACAAAGCCAUUUCAUCGUCUACCCCAGGGAUGGUGCACAACACUUCAAGUCAACAGGCCCCGUAUUUGCCCCCAUCAUAUGAAACCGUUACUGAUACUGUGAACACAUCUGAGACAAGGUUUUUCCCAUCUACUGUUUCUUCCUCACGUCAUGGCAGCAGUGACAAACCUGAAGAUCUACCCUCUACUUAAUAGCAGGAUCACGUACUGUAACUGAAGCAUCUGUGGUUUAUGAAGCCGACUUUUCAAAACCCAUGCAUUUCAAUUACGUACACUUUCCAUCCAAUUUGAUCACACAAAUCUGAUGUCAUUUUUGAAGUUGAAGUUAUGUUUUUCCUGUAUGUUCACUGAACGUGAAUAAAUUGAAUAAGUCUUAUAAAAGUCUUUCGCAAAUAUUACAAGUGGCAGCAGUGGCAACUAAUCUGCUUCCUCAAUAUGUUUGUGUGAUUAUAACAAUGUCAUUCUGAUUUAUUUGUAUCUUUGUUGGCUUUACAUACCAGGUGCAUGAGGAAUGCAGUAAUGCUAACAUGUAAACACAACAUCUCCAUGAGUGCAGGAGAUACAUCAGUGUGCAUAUACAUUAUCACAAAAUCGCUAUAUGAAGAGUAUGAAUAUCACUAUUAAAUGGAUUCUGCAUGCAGGUCUCCCUUAAGGCUUUGCUCAAAUCUGUAUUUAUCUACAGUUAUUGCUGUAGCCUA